AUGGUGGCAGAGAUUUUUGGUAUUGCGGUGGUGGAGAAUUUCAAGGGUUUUGUGUGGUGGAAUUUAAGGGAAAAUGGGGUAAAGGCGGCAAAAGAGGAGAAUAGGGAAUUGGGUUUGUUGUGUGGAGAGAGGAGAGAAAGGGGUUGCUUGAUUUUAGGGGAAGAAAGAAGUUUUGUAAGGGUGAAUGAGGCACUUGUCCCGGCGGCUGCCAUUGCUGCAAUUUCUUCUGUGUUUGUGAAGAGUAGAAGAGAUCGAUGUCUGUGUUGGUUGAGUAAAAUUUGUGUUGAUUUUGGCGAUGAAUUUUGGAUUUCUGGAUGGUGCUGGAUUGCCGGGGAUAUGGGCGGAUAA